AUGUCCAUGUCCGACUCUCAUGAGAGCCCCAACCUCGAGGAUCUUACUCCUGAGGAGGCCAACCGCAUUAUCCAUUCCCACCGCAAAGUUCGAUAUGGUACCGCCUGCUGGCCCUGCAGACAGAGAAAAGUAAAGUGUGACAACAAAAGUCCAUGUGAAAACUGCGUCAAGCGGGAACACCCACAGCUCUGUUCCUACAAACCCAACAAGUCAGCAUCCGGCAAACCGUCAUCUGUUUCCACCGAUCUCUCUCACUCCAAGAAGAGGCCGCACUCGCCAGAUGCUCAAGAAGGCCGGAGCUUGAGCCAUGAGGCCCGCGAAUCAAUAAGAACAUACGGUGUGUCACACAGCUCCCCAAUUCCAUACACAUGUCCCCAAGGUUGGUGGUCACAUCUAACCAUUCUGUUAGAGCCCGAAGCCGUGGAGAUCACGCGUUAUGUUGGCCAGAAUAGCAUCCCAGCGCUUCUAAGGGAACAAACCGCAGCCGAUGAACCACAGGACGUGAGCUUUAUACGCCAAGACAUGCGUUCCCUACUGGGGCUCGAUAACUCGGCCCCCUUUCCGCUCAUGUCCUCCCGCCACUUGGACAGACUAACGUCCGAUAUAUCUCAUGAACUGCCUUCCGACCGGGAGGUCAUGAAACUUUUCCGAACCUACAAGGAAAUUCCGCAACCCUUCUGGGGCUUCGUUAUCGACAUUGAUGACCUCGAGUCUCGGUUGAUGAUCUAUCUCGAAGACAGAGCAAAGAACGCCAGAGCCGCUACAAAGACAACAAAACCAGUCUCUGCAUCAUGGCUCGCCAUUCUCUUCGCCGUCCUUGCGGUUGGCUCACAGUACCACGAGACCCCAUACCAUAUCCGAACGAGAGAUGCGCAAAAGUAUAUCCAAAUCUCUUUUCACUUUCUCAGGCUGGGUAACUUUCUGUUAAGGCCGAACCUGGACUCAAUACAAGCUAUGUUGAUGACGAGCUUUGUAUUACUCAAUGACAUGAAAGCGGAAGCUUCCUGGGCUUUGCUAGGACUUACAUGUCGAUUGGCACAGUCGCUUGGCCUUCACCGUCCACAGGUUCUUGACGGCCGUCAGUCGCCCGAAGUUGUGAAGAGGGAAAUGUCUAGGAGGAGACUUUGGUGGACUUGCCUCUGGCACGAUACGCUCACUUCGUUAUCGUUUGACCGAUCACCAAUGACCAACAUCGCUUGUUGUCCUAUCCCCCUUUCACCGACUGCCGAGACAGACGGGUGGUCUUAUCUCGAAGCAAUGUACCAUCUAAAUCAAAUCAUAUCGCAACGCCUAAACCCUGAUGCAACUGCCACCGCUUCCUACAACCAAAUCCUGACCAACUGCGCGGACGUGGAAAGCAUACGAGAUAAACUCUUUGUACAACUCCGGACCAAAGACGCCUGCAAAUCCGCCAUGGACCGCCUGCAGCACUACGCCAUCAGACUACACACCUCCUUCAUCGUCUCCGUCUGCUGCCGGCCCGCCCUCCAGCGCGAAAACAACCAGCUCGAAAAGUCCCAGAAGAAGUACCUGGCCGACAAAUGCAAGGAGAACCUGACGGAAACAGUCCGCAUGUUUCUCGCCAUGCACCAGCUCUCGGUGAUCCCCACGCGCUCCUGGGCUUUUACGUAUCACGGCCUGUCAUCGGCCGUUCUGCUGGGGAUCCUCGGCGAGACCAAAGCUGACCCGGAAGUGCGCCAGCUCCAAGGCGAUUUGAUUUCGGCCCUGUCCGCCACAGCGGCUAAAGAACAAACGUCGCCGCAGCCGCACAUCCCGAGGUCGGAUCACGACAUUGAGCUCUCGGGCCCGCUGUCGCGCGCGUUGACGGCGCUCAAGAAUAUCUACGACCAUGGAUCGGUCGUGGGUCCGGCGGGGAUUAAGCGCGAGGCAAGCAUUUCCGGCCCGGCGUCGGGAUUGAGGACGCCGUUGCAGAUCAGCCAGCUUGCGGGGCUCCCCCCUAAUGGCUAUCCGUUAUAUGGUCUUGGGCAAGAACAGCAGGGAAGAGGAGGAGGAGGAGGAGGAGGAGCAGGAGGAGGGGGGGUUCAGCAGCAGCUGGGAGCGACGGGACCGUUGGAUCCGCAUCAGAGUGCGGCGUUGGCGAUGGCGGAGAUGCAGCAGCAGAAUGGGGGGCAGCCUCAGUUGGGGGCCGGGGCGGAGUAUCAGGGAGGGGUACCUUACAACAUGCCACCACUCCAACAACCGGGUGCCGCUGCCGGCGCCGGUUCGGGCCCGGGUGGAGGUGUGAUGCCGCAGGAUAUGUCGCAGUUUGAUCCGGCUACUUAUAUGUCGCCGAUGGAUCUUUACGACUCCAUCUUUUGGGAAUCCCCCGACCCCUUCAACACCGGCGUAGACACGAUGAAUUUCGACUUUCUAGCCCACCCACCACCUGGUCAGCCACCUCAGCAGCAGUUUUACUUUUGA